AUGGAGCAGUCAUUUAGAAAGAAGAAGCUCUCCAAGCAGGAGGAACGGGAGUUGAUUGAUAGGCACAAAAUUAAGUUCGAGGGGCCUGUCUCGCCGAAUAGUUGGCCGGAGCAAAAUUCAGCCAUAUUUACCACCAUCCGCAAAAUCGAAGACAUUAAGUACAACACCUACGUGAGUCAAAUACAAGCAAAUACUCCGGAGGGCGUACAAAGGAUGAGAACGGUAAAUAAGGCUAAAUGUCUUGUCUCUGCUGCAUAUGAUUGCCGUCUUCUUGAAGCCAACGAGUUUACUUGGAGGUCCAGGAUAGAGUUCCCCCUACUUGCCCGUUUUGAGGAAGACAUAGAGUGCCGGAAAUGUCAACAGCGACGAUGGGUUCCCGAUUUCUGUGCGCUGUCGAUCACGCCAAAUGAAGGACACAAAAUGCAAACAGCGCAGGGAGGGGUGGGUAUUUGUCGGUGCAUUGAAAGCGAUAUUGAUGGACAUGAGUCCGUCGUCAAUAGUGCAAUAUUUGCGGGACAGCCGCACGCAGGAAUCAACGAUCUUUCCGUUCCUGAGAUCGGAAUCAAGUACCCCGACAAUAUCAUCGGGCUUCAGAGAUCACCAUCACUCAGUGCUGCCCUUCGUGGCCAUUCAAGGCUAGGUUCCAGUCCAGUAAAGGAUGCAGAGCAUAUCUUGUUUCCUUUCCUGAUUCUCGAAGCCAAGUCUGAGAUUCAAACACCUGGGUUUACGGCUAUCGAGAAGCAGACUGCGUUCCCAAUUAAAAGACUUGUCGAUAUCCAAAAGUCUCUGAGAAAAAGAAGGCAAGAGCCAGAAGAAAACAGCUUGGUUUGGUUCUUGGCUUUCAGUGGGGAUGAGUGGAGAGUCUAUGCGUGUUUUCCAAGAGGAGACGAAACGCGUAUAAUCGACCUUUGGCACGGAUGCAUUCAGAGACAAGACGCUGCACUGCAAUUGUGUUUGAUUGUUGACUUCAUAUGUGACUGGGCUUUGAAUAUUCAUCGAAAUGAGAUCAUUAGAUUGCUUACUGGAAAUUCUCUGCCCAGUUUGCAUGUAUUUGAUACUCAAGAACAGCAGCCCGAGCCUUCCAAUCCGCCGAAGCGACAAUCCGUCAUCCGAGACACAAAUGAAGUGUUCUUCUCAUUCCGCCAUCUGACACUCCCUGAUAUGACGAGCAAGCUGAUUGCGAUUCUCAAUCCACCUGGCUCGGGGGAUAAUGAAGUCAAUCAGAAAUCUACCAGUCUUUUGGAUCUCUUCAAUCUAGAGCAUCCGCUUUUGGUCAAGGCGGAAUUUAUUUAUCGUCUACAGAAGCUUUGGACUGGUGCAACGAGCAAUCAUCCAAUCAUUGACAGUGAACAGCUUGUUUUUGCUCACAUUUCCUUCCAAUCAUACUUUCGGCCAAGCGACUUCCAUAUAGUACGAGAACUUUCAUGCAUCACGGCAUCGUUCAGUGCAAUAAUUACUCUGCAGCGUCUUGCUGGAACUCAGCUUCCUUUGUCGUCUGCUUAUGCAGAUCUACACCUGUAUAAAUUCCUUCCUUUGGCGGAACUAUCUGGCGAGCAUUCAUUGAGAGCUGCUGCUAGGAAUUUACGACUCACAUUAUGGGUGACUAAAGGGGACUUCAUUAUGCAGCCAUCCUGUAGAUGGGUGAAGCAAGUCUCUCAAGGAGAAUUCGUAUCAAGCAUCUGGGACAAACUGGAAAUCUUUUCUCCUGGGAUUCUUGGGUAUCCUGUAUCCGCGCAAUCGAGCGAACUACGCAGGUUGUCGGCUACCAAUACCUCCCUGUCUUAUGACCUGCAAGACUGUCUCAAACAGGGAAACCACCAGCUCCUUCAUGGAGCCGCUCUUCUCAAGGCACCUGAGAGCUCACUCCAGCCGCUUCUCCCACAGUAUUGCUUGGCCGUAUUCGACGGUUCCGACCUAGACGAUCGGCCGUGUCUUAGUUUUAAAUUAUUACAUUUGAUUACAACCGGCAGUUUGUUUGAGGGGAAACGGAUCUCUACUGCAACUACGAAAGAUCGCCAAUUCAUCCUCGACUGGGCUACGCGCCUAAGGCGCGGUGAUUCUUGA